AUGGAUCUAUUAGAUUGCAUGCUCAUUGGCCUCAGCUGUCCACAAAACACCUUACGGAAACGUGCCACACAGGCUCUUGGUUGUUUGGCUUGGUCUGUGUCUCAAAAAAAUCUGGCUUCCUUGUUGACCUACUUGUUGACCCGAUUACGUAGUACCAAAUUUGGUACGGGUCCUGGGCCAGAAACAGAGGAACAACUCGCAGCCCUGAUUGCAGAUCAUCCGCUACUGCAACGUCCGCAUCUUGCCGCUCAGCUGAAACAACCCGCUAGCAUGGAUUUGUACAAAACAUUGCUUCAGUGUCUGAACGUAGUCGCACGACAAAUGCUGCGAGCACCUCACUAUCUUCGUCCGGCUUUACAGUUACUCGCUUCAGUCCUACGUCAUUCUGUUCCAGGUGAUUCCCAGAUGGACGACAUUCAUGAGCUUGUUAUUCAGACGUUGGAAACCCUGGUUCGACAUUGUCCUCGUACCAUUCUGCCCACAUUACCAGAGCUGUCCCAGUUACUCUGCGAAAGAUUGCAAUAUGACCCGAACUACGACUAUACUGUAGCCGAAGCGGAAACGGAUAGUCCUCAAUUCAAGUUAAAUGCUGUGCUACCCUCACUUUGUCGAGCUAUUCAGAAACAAGCAUCUAUUUCGCUUCAAAAGAAGCAUCGUUCAGCUUCCAGCAUAAACCGAAUAUUCUUCACGACUGCCAAAGCGCUUGGAUUUGAUUCUAAGGGUGCUCCGGGUGUUCAACAUGCCGCUUUCCUACUUAAUCGAGAUUUGGCUGUCGCUUUGCCCGGGCAACUGGACCCAUAUUUGGAUGACAUUCUAGCAGUGAUUCAUGCUAGCUCCAGUUCAGUUAGUCUGCUUCGCGUGGUCGGGCUCAAGUUGACUUUAGGUGAAUUCGCGACCAUCCUGUUCCGGCGUUUACAUCUUGCCGUCUGGGCAAUGAAUGAUCCAUUUUAUCGGGUCGCACUCGAAGGUCUAGAAUUGGCUCAACUCCUUUCUACCAUGUUGCGCCGAAUCGGUGGAGAACAGUAUGCCUUAAUAUUGUUCGAUCCACUGUUUCGUUUGCUGGAUGCUAACGAUCGAGAUUUGGAGCUGAAAGAAAAAGCGAUCGCCUCCGUUGCGGUGUUCAUUGCACAGAUCGGUGAUCUGAUUGGACCACAUUUGCAAAAAUGUCUGCAAGUAAUUCAUCGUCGUUUGACGAACGAACUGACUCGGUUAGCUGCGGUCCGCGCAAUCCACAUAAUCUCUGUGUCUCCACUCGCAAUCGACAGAAACGAUUUUCUGUCGGCUGCAUCUUUCGAACUGGCUACGUUCCUAUCCAAGAGUGACCGCAUCCUUCGAUUAGCCACACUGCGUUGCCUCUAUACUAUAUUGUCCAAACAUCCUCAGUCUCUCGGAUCCGAUUGUUUGAAUACCAUUCUGACCCUGGUUCCGAAAAUGCUCAUAACCGAACAGGACUUACAGACUGCCCAGAUGGCAAUCCAUUUGAUUGCUCUUAUGCUUGAAUGGGACGGUGAUGUUGGCGCACACGUCUCUCAAGCUUUAGUGUCGGACACCUUCAUGCAACCGCUCAUCUCACUGGCUCACUCCCCGUUACUAUGUGGCCAGGCGUUAGACGCGAUGCUUAGAUUAAUGCGUGCCAUUGGACGUCAGACCAAUAGGAGUGAGAAAGAUCAAGCCAUCACCAUGUUAUUUGUUUCCCAGUUGUUGGCUCCUCUAAACGGAUCGGGUUUGAUUGCCUGCGGUCCUAACACUGGGCCCUCCACAUCCAACUCAUUGCACCGAGAUGCUCUACCGAGUUUGGCCCAGUGCGUCACUGAAUUGCUGGCCGAUCUACCAGUCAACACACCUCCAGGUCAAGUUCUGUCACCAACAAAAGUGCCUAGUUUAACUGUGGCGGUGGACCGUCUUUUAGCCGCAGUUAAGAGUCCCGCAUCAUCAGCUGCCGAAGUUUAUCUCAAUCUUCUCAUCCUGGGUGAACUGGGUGGUAAACUUGACCUGAGCAACCGAGCGGAUUUGCGUGAGAUGCUGAUCUCCUGUCUGUCUACUUCAGUCACUCAGUCAAAUCUGUCCGAUACUGCUGUGAACUCGCCGAACAGCUCAGUGGUCAUCUCAGAGGAAGUUAAACCUGCUGCCGCUCUCAGCUUAGGUCGUUUGGUAGCUGGGCAGCCGGACACUUUGCUUCCUUUUCUGGUCGAUCGCAUCACCGAGGCUGCCAGUGCUGCUACAGCCGCCGUGGCUGUAUCCGCCUCAGACACCGGCAGUCAACAUCAACUUUAUCAUUUACUUCAAGCUUUACGAAAGGUUUUAGUUGGUCUAUCCGGUCUCAGCACGAACACUACGUUAAAGACGCACUUGGAUUCCAUUUGCUUCAAUGUCAUCCCAUUCAAUACCACGGUUAACCGUGCGGCACCCUGUUUUUGUAUCUUGCCAAGACGUAUGACCGAUCCGUGCGCCUAUUGA